AUGAGCGCUGCUCCCCUAGCCCCCAGCCGGUUUGCCAGCGGAGCGCCAGCCAGCUCAUCUGCCCCCACGCAGCAGGCGGCGGCUGGGAAGCACCAUGCCUCACAGCAGCAGCAGCAGCCGCAACCGCCCUUCCUUCACAACGCUCACCUGCUGUACGGGCAGGCUUCGCUGCCCGGCAGCCGCUACGGCAUCCUCAACCAGGACUAUGUCGAGGCCCAGCAGCUGCACGACAGCAAGCACCUGCGCCAGCACCGCUGGCCCCAGUGCUACGCCGCCGUGGUGCUGGACGGCCACGGCAUGCUUGGGGAGCAGGCAGCAAGGGAGGCGGGGCGCCACAUCAUCGCCGCCCUGCAGCACAGCGACCUGCGCCGCCGGCAGCUGGCAAACAUGUCCAGGUCGGAGGUGGAGCAGGUGGUGAGGGCGGCGUUCCUGGCUGGCCACCUUGCUGCGCUGUGCGUGUUUGACGAUGCGCCCCCCACCUACAUCUAUCCCCUGGGCAGCAGGCUGCAGCAGCGGUACACCCUGCACCGCCAGGACAACGGAGACAAAGCCUACUUUGCCCCCAACAGCGUGGGCGGCCGCAUCCUUGAGUUUGGCACCACCGCCACGCUGGCGCUGGUGCAGGGCACCACGCUGGUGGUUGCCAGCGUGGGGGACAGCCUGGCAGUGCUGGGGUGGGAAGCAGAAGACAGCUACCAAGCCGAGAUUGUGUGGGUGCGGCACUGGGGUAACGACGAGGGCGAGCGCGCUCGGCUGGUGCGCGAGUGCGGCACCUCGGUGUCGGUGUCAGAGCAGGACGGGUACUUGACGGUGGACGACGGGCGGCUGCGCGGCUUCCAGCUGGCCAUGACGCGCGCGCUGGGCCACCGCCUGCUGGCGCAGUACGGCGUGGCCAGCGCGCCCUCCGUGACGUUCCACCAGCUCAGGCCCGAGCACCUGUGCUUGAUUGUGGCGACCGACGGCGUGUGGGAGGUGCUGAGCCCUGGGGCGGCGGUGAAGCUGGUGGCGGAUGUGGUGGCGGAGGGGCGCAGCGCCGAGGAGGCGGCACUGGAGCUGUGCCGCCGCAGCGUGGCACUGGCCAGCGGCGACAACACCGUGCGGCAGGCGAGGGGGGCCGAGGCAGACAACACCACGGCCGCGGUGUUUGUCUUCAACGAGCUGUGA